AUGAACGCCAACGUUGCACGAACUGCCCUCAGGGCCGCCUCGCGCUCGUCGUCGCGACGUGUCGCCGGUGCCGCCCGUUCGCUCUCCAUCGCCGCCACCGCACGCCCCGCCCUCAACAAGCUCGCCUCGGCGGCUGCCACCCCCGCUCUCGCUCGCGGCCUCAAGACCAUCGAGUUCUCCGAGGGCAUCCCCGAGAAGGUCUACGAGCGCGAGGACUGGCCCCUCGAGAAGCUCCAGGACUACUUCAAGAACGAGACCUUUGCCAUUCUCGGCUACGGCUCCCAGGGCCACGGCCAGGGUCUUAACCUGCGCGACAACGGCCUGAACGUCAUUGUCGGUGUGCGCAAGGACGGCGCCUCGUGGAAGGAGGCCAUCGAGGACGGCUGGCAGCCCGGCAAGAACCUCUUCCCCAUCGAGGAGGCCGCCGAGAAGGCCACCAUCGCCAUGCUCCUCCUCUCCGACGCCGCCUGCACCUCGGUCUACAACUCGAUCAAGGACAAGAUGCCCAACACCCACACCCUCUACUUCUCGCACGGCUUCCAGGUCACCUACAAGAACGAGACCGGCUUCGAGGCCCCCUCGGACAAGGACAUCAUCCUCUGCGCACCCAAGGGCUCCGGCCGCACCGUCCGCUCCCUCUUCCUCGAGUCGCGCGGCAUCAACGGCUCCAUCGCUGUGUACCAGGACGUCUCGGGCAAGGCGCUCGAGAAGGUCUCGGCCAUGGGUGUCGCCGUGGGCUGCGGCUACCUCUACGAGACCACCUUUGAGCGCGAGGUGUACUCGGACCUGUACGGCGAGCGUGCCUGCCUCAUGGGUGCCAUCCAGGGUCUCUUCAAGGCGCAGUACGACGUGCUGCGCGCCAACGGCCACUCGCCCUCCGAGGCGUUCAACGAGACGUGCGAGGAGGCGCUCCAGUCGCUCUACCCGCUCGUCGGCGCCAACGGCAUGGACUACAUGUACAAGGCCUGCUCCACCACCGCCCGCCGCGGCGCGCUCGACUGGGCGCCCGAGUUCGAGAAGGCCAACAAGCCCGUCCUCGAGGCUCUGUACGAGUCCGUCCGCAACGGCUCCGAGACGCGCCGUGCGCUCGAGUUCGGCAACCGCAAGACCUACCGCCAGGACUUUGACAAGGAGACCGACGCCAUCGCCGCACAGGAGAUGUGGAAGGUCGGCCACAAGGUCCGCGCCCUCCGCCCCGAGAACGCCGCCAAGGGUCUCUAA